UUAGUUUUAGCAGCGGAGAACAAAUAUUCUCUGGUAUUUUUACAUGUCGUUCUGAAUAGGAAAACGUAAAUCUGUAUGCUUUAUGGAAAUGCAGUGUGGGGCAUCUGGUUUUACAUAUAACUUAAGUACAAGCUGUGUGUUGUCUUCAAAUGAUAUGAUAAUUUGCAGGCGCUAUUUUUAGACUUCUGGCCAAUCAGCUAUAUUGUGGUGAUUUGGUGCUGUACACCAAAAACUGGAAAUCGACUCUGCCAAAUUUUCGUCUUUAAUAAGACUUCUUCAGGGCAGACUGAAGAAGCUUGGAGGACUUGGAAUGGAUCCAAGUGAAAUGCAGUUUGGGAUUGGCAUAGGAGAUGAUGAUGGAGAUGACGAUGAUGCUAGUCUAGAGGCAGAACUUGCUGCCCUACAAGGAGGGCAUGGAAAGCCAGCACGCAAGAAAAAGAAAAGACAAGUUGGUCUUGCAGACAUUGAUGGAAUGGCAGCACAACAUUUGCAAGAUGAUGAUGAUGAUGAUGAUGAUGAUGAUGAUGAUGCCGAUCUGGAUGACCCUGAUCUCCUUGCAGAACUUCAGUGUAUAGCCCCAGGGGAGGAUGUUUUGCCUAAAGACCCUACACCUGUUCUCUCACCCAGCAAGCAAGAGGCUAACACGUCACCGCAGCUGGCGGAGCUGACUGAAAGAGAAAACAUGUACAAGAAAGCUAUUGACAGUGCAGAAAAGUCUGGGAACUCUUCAAAAGCCAAGCGAUAUGGCAGAGGAUUAAAGCAAAUACAAGACAUGGUGAAACAAGCAAAUGCUGGCGAGUCAGUAAACAUGGAAGAGCUGCCACCACCAGUGGCAAUCAGUGCUGCCGCAGUUCCCACAGCUGCACCCCAAGAAGCCACACCCUCUCCCGAACCCCCCAAGCUGUCUGUACUAAAGGAAUCUCCAAAACAGGACACCCAAAUGCAAGUGGACAAAAGUCAAAGCACUCAAGCAAAGUCAGCAGGUGGUGAGACUGUAGAGCAGCUAAAACAAAGACAGCAUCAAUACAAAAUGGCUGCACUAACAUGCAAGCGGGCGGGGGACAUUGCCCAUGCCAAGGAAUUCCUUGUGGUGUCUAAGAAAAUUGAUGUGAUGAUACAAGCUUCAAGUGAUGGUAAACCAGUGGAUUUGUCCAAUAUGCCUCCCGAGCCCUCUCUCUCGACAGCAUCUGCUCCACAACCUGUCUCUGAACCUCGCCAGCAGUCUGGAAGUCCCACCUCAUCCCCUCAGCCUGGCCCAAGUGAGUCAUCCAAAGACACAGAACCACCCCCUCCCCCCAAGGAUGUUGCUGAUGCCCUGCAGCAGAGAUUGGAAAAGUACACAGAGGCAGCCAACAAAGCAAAAGAGGAAGGGAACUCUUCGAAGGCAAGACGGAUGGGAAGGAUUGUCAAGCAAUAUGAAGAUGCCAUUAAGUGUCACAAGGCUGGAAAACCCGUUGAUUAUGAGGAGCUUCCAGCUCCCCCUGGUUUUGCACCUAUACCAGUACCUGGCCAUGGGGGUGCAGCAGCCAGUUCUCAGGUCCCAGCUUCCCCUGCCUCAACUAGUUCAACUAGUUCUCAGGCCCAAGGACUGAAGGUGCAGAUCCCUCCACCACAGGCUAGCCCACAAGCCCCUGCAAGGAAACCAUCUGGGAGAAAUGAACAGCAGUUGAACUUCUUGGUUGAAAGGCAGAAGGAAUUCAAAAUGGCUGCCCUCAAUGCUAAGCGGGAGGGCGAUCUGGAGAGUGCUAGACACUGGCUUAGAAUGUCCAAGGGUCUUGAUCCAAUGAUAGAAAAUGCAAGUAAUGGUAUGAGAGUGGACAUUUCUUCAGUCCCCCCAUCACCAAAUAGCGAAAAGGGCCCUGCACCAACAGCUAAAGAAGGUGACUUUGUGGUAGUAGAGACAUCAGAAUGCAGGCCAAACCCACGGACACCGGAGGAGGUCACAGAGUUGUUCUCCAGACUUGAAGAUGGCCUUAUAAAACAAGUCGAGAUGUGCAUUAGAAAUGGGAAGCACUACCAAAAGUUAGGAGACAUCAACAACACGAAAAUGUUUGAAAAAAUGGCUCGAAGCCUGCAGCAAGAUUUAGAUGCAGUCAAGAAUGCGAAAAAACAUAAAGACCCCCCACCGCGUUUCCACUAUGAGGAUAAAUCAUUUACCAUUGUCAACUCUUUUCCAGAACUGAGCGACUCUCAUGUAGAGAUAACCAUAGUUAGAUGCCUGAACAUCCCACUCCCAUCUGGCUAUUCCCAAAAGGAUCUUCAUUGUUAUGUGACUUAUGAGUUCCCUUAUCCAAGUUCUGAAGAUCCUCAGUCAGGUCGGACGCAAACAAUCAAACAUACCAUAAACCCUGAAUAUAAUGAAGCCUUCAAAGUGAAUAUUGACAGAAAAAAUAGAGCUUUGCCAAGAAUUUUUAGGCGACAAGCAUUGAAAUUCGAAAUCAAAUAUGAAAGGGGGUUUUUGAAAGGUGAUAAGGCGCUUGGCCAAGCGCAAGUCAAGCUAGCUCCACUCGACUCCAAGAGUGAAAUCCACGACUGUGUAGAUCUGAUGGACUCAGAUCGCGGGCGCAGAGCUGUCGGAGGCAAGGUUGAGGUUAUUAUAAGAGUGAGGGAACCGCUGACCGAUAAGGAUGUUAGCAUUGAGAAGUGGAAAUGGCUUGUUAUCGACAUGCAUCUCGGCGGACGGAAGGGACCAGAAUUGAAUUUGGACGCAUUCGCUACAUCCUCAAGACCAGGAAGAUCAGAGCAGAGUGAAAUUGAUGAAUUCGUGAGCGUAGAAGUGUUGAGAAUGGAGACAGAGAUUGCUGAGCGAAAGUUGUCCGCCAAACAGUCGGGCAGCUCGUCAGCCGCGGCCCUUGCUGAGCGCAUCAAACUGUGUAAACAGAAGAGGGAAAGUCUCGAUCGAAUGCUCGCUAAUGCAAGCAAGGCAGAACUACAAGAUUAUGUUCGUCAAGUGGCGGGUCAGAUCGCUCGAGAGCAGAAUAAAGCCCAGCGGGCAGUGCAAGCCGGGAAUAAGACCGAUGCACAAGUUUGUCUCACAAGAAAGAAGUUAAUGCAGAACGAACUGGUCAAACUGAAACCCAAGCUUGGAAUCUAAUGAAGGCCUCAAUAUGGCAAUUUCCGUAAUGGCGUAGGAACACGCAAAGAUCUGUCGAGCCGAUUGUCGGUCAGACGGUCAGAGAGUUCAACUGCGAUUUGUUGGGAUCCUGCUUUGUCCGUGACAAGAAACAUUCAGCCCGACACCAAAAAAAAGUUUCGUAGCGUCAGAUUUUAUAAGUCGGACCGGCAUCAAUUAAACCUACACGAAAUAGGCGCGUGUAAAUCAGGGGCCACAAUAACAAUUUUAUAAUAGUAAUUCUACCGCUGAAGGAAAGAUCUAAUGAUAGUCUUGAAUGUAUGUAAUAUCACGAGUCCGCUCUAAACAACGGCUUUCGCUCGAGCAAGAAUAACAAUAAAGGAGAUUCAGCAGC